AGGAGCAACAGUUUGGAAGGGAAGCAUCACAGAAACCCAACGCUACAGUAAACUAUUUUUCUUUACCCAUCCCAUCUGUGACUCUCCCUGCGCUGGGGCCCUGCCUGCUCUAUCCGGGCUCUGAGUGGACGGUGGAGAGAAACUGUCGUACUGUGAGUCUGCAGGACACAUGGACCCGAAAGGCUGAGAGGAUAAAGAGUAACUGGUUUCCUUCCCUGAACCGAAGCCACGAUGCCGGGCUUACUCCACAGAUCAGCUGGAGGAGACGACACCAGGCAGAUGACUGUGGAUUAGCAGACACAGGCGGACGGCAGGACAGGAGAAAGGAAGACAGGGCCUUUCACUGCAAUAAAGAAGUAAAAACACAGAUUUUCAAUGCCCCUCCAUGUUCUAAGAUGAAGUUAUGGAAAGGUGUCACUUUUGUCUGCGUCUUCUGUGGCACGUUACUGUCCCUCCACCUCACUAGGAACUUCAUGGCUACUGCUGGACCUUCAAGGCUCAAAUCAUCAACAUCCUCAUCAACAUCAAAAUCCUCAACACCAUCGUUCUCAAGUCCAGCGGCGUCAAAGCCGAUACCACCACCGCCACCUUCAUCAACCCCAUCGUCCAGGAUGAAGGCUGGUCUCCACAGAACAGCGCGGGAGGUGGACACCAUCGGCUCCCUCCUCUCCCAGUUCACCUACCUGCUCCAGAGCUUCACCGAGGGGGAGCUGAAGAAGUUGAUCGCAACUCUGAUGGACAGAAGCACCAAGAACAGCAAGAGGAGUAGCAGGAGCAGCAGGGAGGAGAUGCUGGAGGAGAGCAAGGACUACACCGAGAGGACUAGUAAAGCUAAGAGGAGACGGAAAAGGAGAAGGUUAAGGCCGUGUGCUCUGCGCCAGGUGGAGGUGACAGUGGGGGAACUGGGUCUGGGUUACCACAGUGACGAGACUCUCCUCUUCAGGUACUGCAGCGGCAGGUGCAACACGCGUCGACGCAACUAUGACAUCACCCUGGAACACAUGAAGAAGGCGGGGCUCAUUAAAAGCGGAGAGCUGGUGCGCUACAGCCCGUGCUGUCGGCCAAUCACAUACGAGAAGGAUAUCUCCUUCCUGGAUAACAGCAGUAAGUACCACACAGUGCAGGAAGUGUCGGCCCGGGAGUGUAAAUGCACGUGACGGUCAAGCGAGACGGACCACAUCCACUGAACUACCUGUCAGUCUGACUGCCUGUCUGACUGGUGACCGCCUACGAGGAGGAUGUCUUGGCGUGUACAACGUAGACAGGUCUUCUAGUUCCACCUAGGAUGACCUCACGAUGAGCCAGGUUUUAAUAUAUAUUGGAAAUAUAUAUUGUGACGAGGGUAGUACCCACACUGCGCAUGAAGAGCGGCUCGGCUCUCUCCCUCAAUGUAUACUGGAGGACAGCCGAACAGGACGACCUCUCUGGCCGGGUGGAUGCACUUCAGCCAGUUUCGGACUUUGUGAGGCGAAAGCUUUUAUGGACCCCUUGCAUGGACUUGGUUGAGGCAGGGAACAACACCUGUACUGCCCUUUAAGAAGACAGCUUUAUGUUACCAAAUGGAAAAAAAAGUAUUAAGUAUGUAUGAAGUCACUAGGAGGACACUUCUGAACAGUUUUAUACAAUGUUAAGAGAGAAAAUGUUGUCUUUGAAUACAGAAGGCAAUUGAAACGUUUCCAAGCAUCAUGCUUGACACUUAUUUUUGUAUUUGAAAGAUAUAUUAUUAAUAUGAAUAUUAAUUGGUUUAGCAAUCAACUUUAAGGGAACACUUUUGUUCCUUUCCCCUCUGACUCCAUAGAGAUGUCCAAAAAUGUCUUCUUUCUUAUCUGUUCUGAAACUUUUAGAUUUUGUGAGGGAUAUUCUGGGAAAAACACAACCAUCAUAUUAUUUUUAAUUUUUUUCAGCUGAGGCAUUUAUCUAUUUUCUAAAACUGACUUUAAGUAAUAAUCUGACAGAAUUUUUCUCUAAGCAUUGCCAAAGUUUUAUAGAGUUUAGAUUACUUUUGAAUGGCCGAUUGCUGCAUCCAUUGUUUUACUAAUAAAUGUAUAUAUAGACAUUGAUUAGACAGUGAAUACAACAUAUGCAUGGGUUUAAAUGCCCCUCUAAUAAAAAACGAAUGAUUGUUUCCAUUUUCAGACCUCUCUCAAUAGUCUUCAACACUGUGUGCUGAAUGAAAUUGUAGAUAAAUACUAAACCUAACCAUUGUUCUGCUCUCUAUUAGGAUACUCGCCCCUGAUAAAUGUGAACAAAAUUGUAUUGGAUUCACCCCAAAUAGAACACUAUUCUCAAUAUAGUCCGCUGCUUUUGACCAGAGAGGUGUGGUCUCUGGGUAAAGUUAGUAAAGAGGACAUACUGCUCUGUUCCAAACUGGUUUCCUAGUAGUGUACUACUUCUAACACAAGUAAUUCACUACUUAUUGCAUUGGGAAUAGGGUGCCAUUUUGAAGAAAAUAAUGAACAGUAAAAUACAUAACUAUUAGAUAUGUUACAGUUGGCCUAGAAACCAAGCAGGAGUAGCAGUGAAGCAGUCCAUCUUUAUUGUAGAUCAUAUCUAGGGGUCUGUUUUUACUGAGCAUGGACAUCUCCAGGCAAUGAUUCUUGCUGUGUAUUUAUUGGGAAGUGAAUUAUGGUUUGAAUAUUUAUUUGACAUUGCAGACCCAGACAGCUGAUCCAUUUGUAGAGCAACUGUGCCAAAAAAUGUUUUAACUAACAUUCUAAAUUGUA